AUGAUAACUUUGGCAAGUAUCGGCGUAAUACUAUCAAUAUGUUUGCUAUUCUUGUGGAUAAUCUGCUGCGCUAAGAAAUUCUGCAUAAAGAAGAUAGCUAGUAUUAUAUUUAAAAACGCAUUUGAACAAGAGAAUCCUAUAGAAGAGCAAUCGUUAAUUAAGGAAGUAAGUGAAAACCAAGAUCAGCAAUCGGAUAAUGAAUACAAAGCUAAGAAAAAAAAGAGAAAGUUUUAUCUAAAUAAAAAACGUCGGAAACAAGACGAAAAAGGAAAAUACGAAAAGAUGCGGGUACAUGAAAAUGAAUGGGGAUCGCAUCGUAUAAAAAAUAUUCCGAUCAUUUGCCCAGAUUCUUAUCGGUCUCAUGAAGAUUAUAACAACUAUUAUUCAAAACAAACAUAUCGUAAAGGACCACGACUGCCAGAAUGUGAUUUCGAUACAUGAUAAAAGAC